CACACACACACACACACACACACCACUUGUUUCCCUUUUCUCAGAACCAGAGCCGCAUUGUCAAUAAAAGCCGGCUGACAGAAAACAGGUCAAGUUAUUGAUCCGCCGACGGAUGAGAGACAUCCGAGAUGCAGACCUCACAGAGCUUUCGGCUGGAUGACUUCAUCGCAGGGUGCAUCGGCGGAAGUUGCAGCGUGGUUGUGGGCCAUCCACUGGACACGGUGAAGACGCGGCUGCAGGCCGGUAAAGGAUACAAGAACAGUCUCCACUGCGUCCUCACCAUCUACAGGAAGGAAACGGUGAUGGGCUUCUUUAAGGGCAUGUCUUUCCCGCUGGCCAGCAUCACCGUCUACAACUCGGCGGUGUUCGGCUUCUUCAGCAACACCCAGAGGCUCAUAAACCAGUAUCGCCAUGGCGACGGGCGGCACCGCUGCAGCAUGGCGGACCUCGCCGCGGCGAGCAUGCUGACGGGGCUGAUGUCGGUGGGCCUGGGGGCCCCGGUGGACCUGGUCAAGAUCAGGCUGCAGAUGCAGACGCAGAUGGUUCUCGCAGAGAACUUGCACCUCGCCGGCAACGUGCCGAACGGCACCGGCAUCCCCCUGCGCUCCAUCGGCAUCCCCACCCAGAGCCUCUACCGGGGGCCCCUCCACUGCGUCAGCAGCAUCCUGCAGACCGAGGGCCUGCAGGGCCUGUACAGGGGCGCCGGCGCCAUGAUCCUGAGGGACGUCCCCGGCUACAUGCUCUACUUCAUCCCCUACACCGUCUUCUGCGACCUGCUGAAGCCCGACGGCACGUCGAGCCUUCACCCCGGGUCCAUCUGGCUGGCCGGCGGCCUGGCAGGGUCCAUCUCCUGGGUCACGGCGACGCCGGCCGACGUGGUGAAGAGCCGGCUGCAGGCCGACGGCCAGCUUCAGAGGAAGUACAGGGGCAUCGUGCACUGCGUGCUGCACAGCUACAAGACGGAAGGCGCGCAGGUUUUCUUCCGCGGAGCGUCGGUCAACGCCGUCCGAGGCUUCCCGAUGAGCGCCACCAUGUUCUUGACCUACGAACUCUCCCUGCAGUUCUUCAGGGGUCUCUAGAGCGGAGGAGACCUUGUUUGGGGGGGUGGGGGGGGGAGGGGGUCCCCGGUUCCUUUGAGACCAGCUGAUGCUAGCUUAAUUUAACACUUCACGUUGUGAUCUAGACGCCACUCAAAGAUCCUGAUUGGCUAAAUAACAGCUAACGGCUAACGGAGCUAACGGAGCUAACAGUUAACGGAGCUAACAGUUAAUAUUUCCACAGCGACGUAAAAUAGAUUUUAAGAAUUUGGUUGAAAAGUGAAUGUUUUUGUAGUCAUUUAGGUUCUAUAUAACCAUUAUUUUAGUGACUAUAUAACCAUUAUUUAAUUGACUAUAUAAUCAUUAUUUUAAUGACUUUAUAACAAUUAUUUAAUUGACUAUAUAAUCAUUAUUUUAAUGACUAUACAACCAUUAUUUUAGUGACUA